AUGCAAAUUGGCUGCAGUUCGGAUGUUGAAAUAAUCCUCUCCAGUUCGGAAGUCCGCCUGCCACCGAUUGAACGCUAUCGCCCGAACUGUACCAGUGGGAACCUAUCGGUCCCAGUUCGGGAGUGUGUCGGCGACCAAUCGAGCGCUAUCGUCCGAACUGGAGCAUUUCGUUUGCACCGAGUCGAACUCACGAUCUCCACGGUUAUGAGCCCAAAAAUUCCGCCACUGCGCUAUUGCGCCACCCAACACGCAAGCUAUAAUUUGAUAACAAAUGUAACAUGUUGCACCGGCCAUCCGUCGAAACCGGUUGUCAAAGAAAUGUGGCGCGAAUUCUAUUUUUGCUCGACGUUUGGCAGCAUGAAAUUCGAAUUCCCAUCGCAAAACUUCACCGACGAGAUCACGUUUCGGGCGUUUCAAUACACCGACGUGCAUCUGAUUUGGGAGAACGUCGCCGAUUUGAGAUACAUCAAUCUGACAAAAAUGCGAUAUGCCGACGGAAAUCUGACAAUCAGGAAUAAUCCGAGUUUGAGGGAGUUUCGAUUCAACGCCGGCACACGAAAUCGAUUUGAGAACGUGAUCGUUGAUGGCAAUCCGUUGCUCAGCCGACAGAGCAUAGAGGCGUUGAAUCAAAUUUGCCUUCGUUAUUGCAAAAUUCAAGACGUUCCAACGACGAUGCCGACGACGACGUCGAUCACGAAGCCAACGGCGACUUCACACUUUCUAGCGGACGUUGAAAUGAAUGAGACGACGACGACCGCCGACGAAGGGCCAUUCACCAUGUCAGAUGAGCCGUCACCAAUGGCCACGAGACAAUCUUCACCACCGCCACCAAUUGCGCCAACGACUGUGCCAAUUUUCAAUGAUUACGAAGACGCGUGGCUCGCGGAAACCAAGAAAAUAAUCAAUGCAUGGGAGGACCGAGUCUUCAUGGUGUCUGGCGAUGGCCUACAAUGCACUGGAAUCUUAAUAUCGCAUCAACAAAUUUUAACCGCUGCACAUCUCCGCUUCAAGAUCGGCAAGUCUUAUACCGUCCGAGGAACAAAUGAUCGCUGCUUCUUUGCCAAAUGCGAAUUUAUUUCGAAAAAAUAUGAUUUCGCUGUGCUGAAGUCGACGGAUUUGCCUGAAUGCGGAACGCCAAUCGAACACCUUCGACGAGGAGACAAAUAUGUGACUAUGGGGUAUCCCAAUGGCAUUAGUUCAAAACCGUCUGUUGCAAAAGGGAUUAUGAAAAGAAUGAUGGACGAUCAAGUUCACUUAAUUGGACUUCCUGGAAUAAGACGUGGUUAUUCUGGAGCGCCGAUUAUCAAAAGUUCUGGAUGUUUGACGGUGAUUUUGCUCGGUGGUACACCCGGUGUGAAUAAUGACACAACGAUUCGUGAAUGUCUGGAGUCAUCGGCGGAACAGAAAUAUGCUCGAAUUUUGGGAAUCUCUGGCGUCCACAUCAUCCACAGUCGAGGAUGUUCGGACAAGGAAAGUUAA